AUGCCUCCCUCUGACGCUCCGCCGCAAUACUCGCAACACGUCAUGACAACCAACGAUGAGGCCGAAACUGCCGCGGCUGGUGCGAACCCAUAUCCGCCCGCCGAGAAGCCCCAGGGGCACGAACAACCCAACAGCGGCGCAGAGGCGGGCCAGAAAGUCGGUGGCCUGGGCUUCAACGUCGGGGGCACGUUUGUCGGAGUGGGAGUCGCACCGCCGGGACGCAGCCUCAACGGCGUGGGCAUCAGUUUAGGAGGCGUGAUGGUGGGUAUGACGACAGGAUGGAGUCGCGGGACGUCGCAAAGUGACCGGACCAUGGAAGCGCGAGGCUUUCUUGCGGCGUUUCGCUGCACUUCCUGCGCGUGUUAG